AUGGAGGCGAGUAAACGACUUCCAAAUGCACAGGAUGUGUGGAAGAAGCUGAGUACCUUCUGCGCGAGACACCGGCCCUCCUUCUUCAAGCACGGUAUUCAAGCGCUGGAUUUAGCCAACGACCCUGAGAGGCGGCUGCGCGAUAUCCUCGUCAUUGACGUGAUCCCCGUUGUAGACGAAGAAGGGAAUUCGAAGUCCAGCAGGCUCUUUCAUGCAUUUGAAGCGAGGGUUAAAAGUAUUGAAUCAUUUCCACCGGAGCGGAGAGAUGAAAUGAAGCUACAGAUGAAGUUGUUUGAAGAAGACCAGAGACGGACUGGAGGUAUGGGCGGUUUCUUAGUGAUGGUCUUUGAUCGUCUUUCUGGGGUGGCGAACGUUUGCCCAAUGGGGUUCCCAAAGGAUAUUCUGAAGUGGGAACGUGGGCUACCGUGGAAAGAGCCCUUGUUAGACGCCCUGAAUGCGCCAUUGACACGACUUGAGAAAAAACAACGGGGAUUUAAAAUUGCAUGUGAAGCAAUCGAUUACUGGCAAAAUGACUUCGGGGCAGAAAUCAAACACUGA